UAGCCGUUGGCAGCGGGUUCGGUGUGCUGUAAGCAAUAGUCUACUCUUCUGUACAUUACCCUCUUUCUACUCUCUAUUGUCAGAGACUCUCUCUCCCCUUCGCAGCUUCCUUUCAUUCUUCUCCGAUCUCAACUCGUUCCUCUACUCUCCAAGAAAAUUAAAACAUAAACAUGUUCACUGAAGGCCUCGACGAAACCGCUAUCCAAUGGAUCAAUCGUGGAUCAUCGCAACUACAAGCUGAAGAAGAAGAGCUUCAAAAUCAAACACGCUCUCCUCUCCUUCCAAGAUCUCCUCUUUUCACCAACAUUUCCAAUUCUCUCACUCCAAAGUCUCCUUCUCUUCCUCCUCUUAAAUUUCACUCUUCUUUGCUUCCACCACGUAACCUCACUUUCGGAUUCAAUGAUCACGAUUAUGCUAACACUCUCACUGAUGAUGAAAGUGUUUCUUCAUUGCCUGAUCCUUCUGCUGAAACUGACUAUUAUCAAGACGAAGAAGAUAGACUUCUUGACUCAUUGGACACUCCAAUUGCACACUGCUAUGAUGAGGAUCAAUUGUUUGGAUUUCGUGUUGCUAUUAAACCUAAAACCCUAAAACCUACUCGAAUUUUGAGGAAAGGUUUAGCCAAUGAAAACCUAACUAUUCAACUUCCUAAUAGUGUUAGUGCUAGGAGAUUCACAGAUGGAGAAUUAGGUUUUAACAACUCUGUUCAAAAGAAAAUUACUCCAUGUGGAACUGGAAGAGGUGUUCAGUUUCAAAAUUUGAGUAAUGUGAAUAAUGAUCCAGUUGAAUUGGCUACUCCAAGUGCUCCUCCUAUUAUUGAUUGUCAAGCUGAUCUUCCUUAUUCCGAAGGCUCCGUAGCGAAUGAAGUUGAUGAAACAACUCUGCACCAUAGAUCUUGGCCUUCCAGAGAAUCUGUGAACUGUGAAGGGGAAAGAAGUGAGUGUUCAAUUGAACAAAAACCUGAUAUUGUUGCUGAUGAAAGACAGGAAACAAGUUCUACACACGACAUAGAAAGGCCGACUCCUCACUUGCAAUAUCACAACACCAGCGGUUGCAAUAGUCAACAGGCCUGGCAAACCCUUAUCACUUAUGACGCAUGCAUUCGUCUAUGCCUGCAAGCAUGGGCAAGAGGCUGUACUGAGGCACCGGAGUUUCUAAAAGAUGAGUGUCUGGCUCUUCGAAGUGCAUUUGGAUUGCAUGAGUUCUUGUUGCAACCUCGAGGUAUAAAGGCAACUGAAGGCAGUACAAGGAAUUCAGAACAAACAAUACCUCUCAAGACGAAGAAGGUUGUAGGAAAAAUAAGAGUGGAAGUGAAGAAACUUCGUAUUAUACAAAGGCGAAAGCUUAAGAGUACUUUUUCAAACCGAGGAUCAAUGUAUAAGCAAGCUGGAAUGGAGUACGUCCGGCAUGUUUCAUCUCUUGUGAAAAGUGGUAUAAAUUCAAUGAAGUCAGCAUCAUUCUCAGCGACAGCAGAAGAGCCAUUGUAUUGUUUGAUCCAACUCAAGAGUGCAACAGAAGAAAAUGCAUCAGAGUUGUGUUCUGCAAUUUUUCUUCGCCCUGGAAGUGGAGAUUAUCAUGAUUUUUUUCCAUUGAGCCAAGGAGAUGCUUUACUUGUAGAAGUCCAAGAUUCUAAGAAGGCGGUUCAUGGUGAAGCCAGGAUUCCAAUUUCAUACCUCAAUGAUAAUCCUAGUGACAGAAUUCGGUGGUGGCCAAUAAAUCAUGAUGAUAAUGAAUGUGUUGGCAAGAUCCAACUAUCCAUUGGAAGUACAAUGACUAGUGAUGACAACAAUCAUAUAAAGAGUGCUCCUGUUGUGGAAACUCAAGCUUACGAUAUAUUGUUGGAGGGUGCAAUGAGUGCACAGCGUUUCCACUCUGGAAACUUGCGGCUAAAUGGGCCAUGGAAAUGGUUGUUAGAUGCUUUUGCCGACUACUAUGGAGUUUCCAAUUCAUAUUCUAAAUUGAGAUAUCUAUUACAGGUGAUGAAUGUAGCAACUCCAACCAAGGACUGCCUAGAGCUUGUGAAAGAGUUGCUUGAUCCCCUAAUGAAGGCCAGAAGUGAGAGGAGUCUGACCAGGCAAGAGAGAAGUAUACUUUUGGAUUGUGAAACUCAAAUCGAAAGACUACUAGCGACUGUUUUUGAGAAUUACAAAUCGCUUGAUGAGAACUCGCCAACAGGUUUAACCGAUCAUUUCGGUCCAGCAUCUGAUUCUGCAGCACCAGCUCUACAUCCUGCUCUACAGGUCUACAGUAGUCUUCAUGAUAUAUUAUCUACAGAUGCUCAAACUAUUCUACAGAACUAUCUGCAGACUGCAGCAAGAAAAAGGUGUAGAAAACACAUGAUGGAGACUGAUGAAUUUGUUUCAAGCACCUCUGAAAGUUACCUAAUGGACACCAUUACCAUCUCAACAGCAUACCUGAAGAUGAAAAACCUUUGUAAUUCUAUAAGGAAUGAAAUUCAGGCAGACAUAAAGAUCAACAGCCAUCAUACAGUCCACGGCCAGCAUAUUUUUCCCAGUUCAAUUGACCUGGCAAACAUCACAGCAGCCAUUUAUAGCACAGAGCUGUGUAAACGACUGAAAACUUUCCUUUCUGCAUGGCCACCAUCAAAUCCACAGCAACAUGUGAAUGAGCUUCUAGUAGCAACUGCAGACUUUGAACGGGAUCUUGAGUCAUGGAAUAUAAGUUCUGUGCAGGGAGGUGUAGACUCGAGAAAUUUGUUCCACAACUACAUUGUGGUUUGGAUACAAGAUAUGCAACUUAGUUCACUUGAUCUUUGUAAAGCAGAAAAGGUUCCAUGGGCUGGAGUAACAACAAACCAUUCCACCUCCCCAUUUGCUGAGAAAAUGUAUGAAAACAUUAAAGACAACCUAAUCCAGUACGAAGUGGUAAUCAGUAGAUGGCCUCAAUACUCGCUGUAUUUGGAAAAUGCUGUUGCAAAUGUUGAAAGGGCAAUUGUGAAAUCGCUUGAAAAACAGUACAGUGACAUUUUAACUCCUUUGAAAGAUAGCAUACCACAGAGACUUCACUUGCAAGUUCAAAAGCUAGCAAGAAGACAAUCAGCUACUGUUCAAUUGGUUCCUAGCCAAUUGGGAAUAUUCUUGAACACCAUCAAGAGAAUUCUUGAUGUCCUUCAUUGUAGAGUGGAAGACAUCCUAAAUUCAUGGGCAUCCUGUCUACCUGUCAUGGGAGAUAAGAAGUUGUUUGGGGAGCAAAUGAAUGGAAUAACCGUGCUAUUGAGAACUAGAUACAAAACUUAUUUGCAAGCAAUAAUAGGGAAUCUUGUCAACAAUAUUCAAGCUAAUAAGAGCACACGGCUGAAAAAGAUCCUUGAGGAAACAAGAGAAGCAGAUGGAGAGGCAGAAGUUCGUGAAAGAAUGCAGCUGUUGAAUUCACUUCUUGUUGACUUCAUCUCCAACAUUCAUGAGGUCUUUACCAGCCAACUCUUUAUAGCAAUAUGUCGUGGAUUGUGGGACAGAAUGGGACAGAUUGUUUUGAAAUUUCUAGAAGGAAGGAAAGAAAAUAGGAUAUGGUACAAUGGGUCUUGCUACGCUCUUGGAAUAUUGGAUGACACAUUUGCUUCCCAGAUGCAAAGAUUAAGAGGAAAUGCAUUGCAAGAGAAAGAUAUUGAGCCUCCUCGCUCAGUAAUUGAAGCCCGAUCUAUUCUUUGUAAAGACACAACAAAUGCAACUGAUCCAUCCACUUACUUCUACAUAUAGCAUAUCAUUGUACAUUGUUACCAAUUUUUUACAGAAGAAAAUUUCAUAUUAUUUUUGCAUAUAAAUGUAAUAAUGUACUCUUAUUGUAUUCUACUAUUUUUUUUUCAAAAUACUUUGUGAAAAAUGUGCUUUAAAACACUUGUUUAGAGGAA